AUGAGUAAUUUUUCUAACACUAAAAAGCCACAUGCUUUGUUGAUUCCAUACCCAGCUCAAGGCCAUAUCAAUCCAUUAUUCAAACUAGCAAAGCUUCUUCAUCUUAGAGGCUUUCACAUUACCUUUGUCAACACUGAAUACAACCACAAACGCUUGCUCAAAUCAAGAGGUUCCAAUGCCUUUGAUGGUUUCACUGAUUUUUGCUUUGAGACUAUACCAGAUGGUUUAACUCCAAUGGAAGGUGAUGGUAAUGUUAGUCAACAUGUACCUUCUCUUAGCCAAUCUAUAAGAAAGAAUUUUCUCAAACCAUAUUGUGAACUUCUUUCUAGACUCAAUGAAUCUGCAAAUGUUGGUCAUAUUCCACAUGUUACUUGCUUAGUUUCGGACUGUUUGAUGAGUUUUACUAUACAAGCUGCUAAAGAAUUUGCACUACCAAAUGUUCUCUUUUUUCCAUCAAGUGCGUGUUCUUUAUUGAAUGUUUUGCACUUUCGUUCCUUUGUAGAAAAAGGUUUCACACCACUCAAAGAUGAGAGUUAUCUAACAAAUGGAUACCUGGAAACCAAAGUAGACUGGAUUCCAGGUUUAAAAAACUUUCGGUUGAAGGACAGUAUCGACUUUAUCAGGACGACAAAUCCAAAUGAUAUCAUGUUAGAAUUCUCAAUUGACAUGGCAGAUAAAGUUCAUAGAGAUUCUACUAUCAUUUUGAAUACUUUUGAGGAACUUGAGACAGAUGUAAUAAAUGUUCUCUUCUCUAUGUUUCCAUCUCUUUAUCUCAUUGGCCCUUUAAAUUCAUUAAUAAACCAAACUCCAUCUAAUCAUCAAUUAGCAUCUCUAGAUUCCAAUCUUUGGAAAGAAGAUACCAAGUGUCUUGAAUGGCUUGAACCCAAGGAAUCUGGAUCGGUGGUUUAUGUGAAUUUCGGUAGCAUGACAGUUAUGACUCUAGAGCAACUGUUGGAGUUUGCCUGGGGUUUGGCCAAUAGCAAAAAACCAUUUCUAUGGAUCAUUAGGCCUGAUAUUGUCAUUGGUGGCUCAGUGGUUUUGUCAUCUGAGUUUUUGAAUGAAAUUUCAGAUAGAGGCCUAAUAGCAAGUUGGUGUCCACAAGAAAAAGUGUUGAACCAUCAUUCAAUUGGCGGGUUCUUGAGUCAUUGCGGAUGGAACUCAACCAACGAAAGCAUAUGCGCUGGGGUGCCAAUGUUGUGCUGGCCAUUUUUCGCUGAUCAACCAACAAACAGUAGAUUUAUCUGCAAUGAAUGGGAGAUUGGAGCAGAAAUCGAUACAAACGUGAAGAGAGAUGAGGUGGAGAAGCUUGUGAAUGAAUUGAUGGUGGGAGAGAAAGGAAAGAAGAUGAGACAAAAUGCAAUGGAAUUGAAGAAGAAGGCUUUGGAGAACACUAGUCCAGGAGGUUGUUCAUACAAGAACUUAGACAAAGUGAUUAAAGAAGUGUUGCUUAAACAGAAUUAG